AUGUUGGAAACACAUGAGACAGAGUUUACUGGGGAGGGCAGGUAUCCGGAGCAGCCAGCCAAAAGUUUCAAGUAGACGAACGGGAUUUAAGCGUCGGGACGGGAUUAUAAUCUGAAAAUGUCUCCAGCAAUCAUGGAUGUAAGGAAAAACAAGGAGGUGAGCGGACGGUUUGCAGACAAACAUGACUGCCAACAAGAACCCCAAGGCUGUACCCCGAGCAGGAGCGGGUAAAGCCGUACGGGACGUCCCCGACAGGAGCCAGUCUGCAUCCCCGUUUCCAGUGCUUUCUGCCAGCCAGGGGCAGAACCUGCAGCCCGUUCUUAGUGACGGUGAGAGCAAACAGACUAAGUACGUCAGGACCGACGGCAGGUUCCUGCUGCGAGCUGGAUGGACCAACAAGACAGCUAGUCUUUGUCCCGGCGCCUCCCUUACAAGUGACACCAACCCCCAAGGCCGACUCUCCAAAUCUAAGAGCAUCAGUUGCCUGGACAACAGACUCUCUAUCUACAAGCCCCCGCCACAAACCAAGUUCUGUGAAGAGAAUCAAGGAGUGCAGGAGCAUAAGGAUAGUCAAGGAGACGUCUCAGCAGGUGAAGGACUCAAUGGUAGGCCUCUGAGCUGGAGCACUUACUCUUUGGGACGUUCUUCAAGCCAAGGCCACAAACGCACCCUUUCUCUCACCCACUCUGGAGUAGGUGUCCCCCCCACCACAAUCCGCAAAAAAAUCUCAGAAUGGGAGUGCAGGAGGAUGUCUCUGCCUAGGAUGAGCCUGUGUCUGGAUAAACGAGGAGGGGAGCUUGUUGGGGGAAGCGAGGGCUGCCCAAGUCUGCUGUCUUCUCCUUGCAGUGAGAAGACCUUUGACUUUAAGGGAGUCCGCAGGAUGAGUACAGCUUUCUCUGAAUGCUCCUAUGCGGAGACAGGGGACGAGGACGGAGUUUCAGACAAAGAUGGUUUGGGCCGUUUCCAAAAAAGGAAAGGCAAGACAGAAACUUCUGGAGGGUUUGUGCGUACUCUGUCUGCUCGCAAAGAGACAUCAGCAGUCCUCAACAGGAUACAAAAGAUAGAGCAAGCCCUGAAGGAGAAUCCCAGUCCUCCUCCUCCACGGUAUCUCAGUAACUGCUAUGCUCCAGACAAGACAAGACAGAAGUCCUUUGUAAUAGGCGAUGACUUGGACAGUACGUGCGCCAGUAAGCGCAGCAGCAUCUGCUCUGUGGCCACAGAGCCAGAUGCAAAUUUGGCCCCUGAUAAACUCUCCCGGCUCAGACAAAGGUUCAGUGUGAGCUCGACCAGGUCUGAGAGCCCGGAACCACAGAGUCCACAGACCUCUGCGGUCACACCAGUGAACCCCUUACCUAAACCCAAACGCACUUUUGAAUAUGAGGCCAAACGGGACCAGAAGGACGUUUCGUCAACCAACGGAUUACCUCCAGACAGAGCCUUGGAGUCCCCCCCACCCCUGCCUUCCACUCCUGCACCCAGCACCACACGGAUCCUGAAGUGUGAGGGGAGCAAGCCAGUUAGAAUCCAGGACAGAGAGUCUUGUGAGUCGGAGGAUGCUGCCAGCCUCCCAUCCUCAUAUCCUUCCUCCCCCACAGAGAACGGCGCGCUGACCACAGACCCCAAGAGUCGACCCAGUUCUAAAAGCACUUUAGAGGAGAAUGCCUAUGAAGACAUAGUAGAAAAGGAGAAUCCAUACGAGGAUGUUGACCUGAAGCGGAGGAGUUUGAAUAGGAAGCCUGGUCUCUCAGAGAGCAGCCGAUCUUGGGCCACUAUGGACAGGAAGCUUAACUCUCCGCCUCAGCUUCCCUCCAAACCCAGCAGUCAGUCUCUCCGCCUCCCUGGUCCAAGUGACAGGAAGAGCCACCGCAUGUCCCAGUUGUCCAAACGCUACAGCCACGAUGAAAUGCUUCUCAUCCCCCAGCAUGUCGGCAUGUCAUCGUCCCCCUGUGGCUUGCUGGAUGACAGUGUCUGUGGCACCAGUGAUUCCCUUCCCUCUCGCAGGCACUGGAGGAUCCCCAAGCUGGUCCAGAGGAUAAACUCCAUUUACUGCACUAAACGAGGGAAGAAGAGGCUAAAGAAGUUGUCCAUGUCCAAUCUUGAGACAGCAUCUCUCAGAGAUGACAACAGUGAGAGUGAAAGUGACUCGGAUGACAGGUUCAAAGCUCACACGCAGAGGUUAUUGAAGCUGCAGUCCAUUCUACGACGAGCUCCAAGCUACCGAACACUAGAGCUGCAGCUUAUCGAGUGGCAGGAGAGGGAGCUCUUCGAGUACUUUGUUGUUGUUUCUCUAAAAAAGAAACCUGGCAAGAACUCCUACACACCAGAGGUCACCUAUCAGUUCCCAAAGUUGGAGAGGCUGACCAAGCAGAUGAGGGAGGCGGAGCAAAGACUGAAAGCUAUUCCUCAGUUCUGUUUCCCAGAUGCAAAAGACUGGAAUCCUGUCUCUGAGUACAGCAGUGAAACCUUCUCCUUCAUGCUUACUGGGGAGGAUGGCAGCAGGCGGUUCGGGUACUGCAGGCGCCUCCUGCCAACUGGGAAAGGAGCUCGUCUUCCAGAGGUGUACUGUGUCAUCAGCCGGCUGGGCUGUUUUGACUUGUUCUCCACGAUCCUGGAUGAGGUGGAAAGGCGCAGGGGAAUCUCGGCAGCACUGGUUUAUCCCUUCAUGAGGAGUCUGAUGGAGUCCCCCUUUCCUGCUCCAGGGAAGAUUAUAAAAGUAAAGACCUUCCUGCCUGGUGCAGGAAAUGAGGUCAUAGAGCUAAGGCGACCCAAUGACUCUAGAUUGGAGCAUGUUGACUUUGAUAGCCUGUUCAGAUGCCUCAGUGUGCGACAGGUGAUACGCGUCUUUGCGUCGCUGCUCUUGGAGCGCAGAGUCAUCUUUGUGGCUGAUAAGCUCAGUACAUUGUCCAGCUGCAUGCAUGCAGUGGUGGCGCUGCUCUACCCCUUCUCCUGGCAACACACCUUCAUCCCCGUGCUGCCGGCGUCCAUGUUGGACAUCGUCUGCUGUCCCACCCCUUUCCUGGUGGGCCUGCUAUCCAGCUCAUUACCUAAACUUAAAGAGCUUCCUGUAGAAGAAGCAUUAAUGGUUGACUUGGGAACUGAUCGCUUCAUCCGGCAGAUGGAUGACGAGGCUUCGCUGUUGCCACGAAAGCUUCAAGCAGCUCUGGAGCAGGCGCUCGGGCAAAGGAAUGAGAUCAUCAACCAGGACUCUGACAGUGAGUCAGAUGAAGAGUAUAACUCAUUGAACAGCCUUGUGUCAGAGGCCUUCAUCCGCUUCUUCCUGGAGACGAUGGGACAUUACUCACUGUUCAUCACUCAGAACGAGCGUGGCGAGCGAGUUUUCCAAAGAGAGGCUUUCCGCAAGUCUGUGGCGUCCAAGAGCAUCCGUCGCUUCCUGGGUGUCUUUAUGGAGUCUCAGAUGUUUGCAGGGUUCAUUCAGGACCGGGAGCUGAGGAAAACACGGGCUAAAGGGCUGUUUGAGCAAAGAGUGGAUCAGUAUCUGGAGGAGCUCCCAGACACAGAGCAGAGCGGAGUAAACAAGUUCCUGAAAGGCCUCGGAAAUAAAAUGAAGUUUCUCCACAAAAAGAACUGAGGACUUACAUGUCUCUACUUCAAGAUGAUUCUCAGACUUUUUGUGCCUUUUUUAUAUAAAAAAAAAA